CAAAAAUGUGAAGGAACCCUUCUUAAGGAUAAUGCAUUAGUAUUUAGGAAACUUAGUCCAUGUGUGGACGAUCUUGACAUGGAAAGGCUUGAGCGGGACGUGAGGGGCUCGUACAGAUAUUUUACAAAAAAUGAGGACAAACAGUGGUGGGAAAAUUUUUUUGCCGAAGUCAAUGAAGAGUAUGAUUCAGACGACGAAGAUGAUGGAAUUGCAGAGCAAUUAUUGGAUAAAAAAAGGCAGAAUUCCCCAAACACUGAAGAUCUAGAGGUUCAUAUUUCCGACACAGAGGACCCUAUUCCCCCAGUUGUCAUUGGAAAGAGGCGGAAAGAAGCGGUCCCUCCUUGUACUAUAGUGGGGAUGAUGGCGUUAAUGGACGUCCCUCGGUACGCCGGCGAGUGGCCACAGAUAGGCCAGAUAAUAUCUCAUGAAGGGGAUGAGGUAGACAUACACUGGUAUGGUGGAAGCAAGACAUCCCCAUGGAAACCUUGUAAAAGGAGCGUGCCGGGUGAGCGAGGAAGAAGAACGGACUGGGUGGAAAAAUGUUUAACAUCACAUAUAGUUUCAACAUUCAAGCUUACAGGGUCUGGAAAUAUUCCUAGACAUAUAAAAGACAUUGUUGAAAACUAUCAUGAUUAAAUUAAACUUUUGCUUGUGUUUAGUAUUUCAGGUAUAUAUUUGGCCGCUAUGUUCCACAAUUAACCUUGCAUUUCAUUUAUUAUAUUAAAUUGAUAAGUACAUAUUAUUUACUUAGGUUUGACCAUUGUAACCGGAGUGUAAUCAAUCGGAGGCGGUAAUCUGGCCGCUCCGUCCCAUGAUCUGUAUUUUUUAAGAUGAAUUUAAUUCUAACAUUACAUGUAAUAGAUAAUUGACCAUGUAACCGGAGUGUAAUCAAUCGGAGGCGGUAAUCUGGCCGCUCCGUCAUCAGUAUUUUUUGUUUUGAAUUUAAUUAUUGACCAUUGUAACCAUAGUGUAAUCAAUCGGAGUCGGUAAUCUGGCCGGUCCGUCCCAGGAUCCGUAUUUUUUAAGAUGAAUUUAAUUCUAACAUUACAUGUUAUAGAUAAUUGACCAUUGUAACCGGAGUGUAAUCAAUCGGAGGCGGUAAUCUGACCGCUCCGUCCCAGUAUCCGUAUUUUUUAGAAUGAAUUUAAUUAUUGACCAUUGUAACCAGAGUGUAAUCAAUCGGAGGCGGUAACCUGGCCGCUCCGUCCCAGUAUCCAUAUUUUUUAGAAUGAAUUUAAUUAUUGACCAUUGUAACCAGAGUGUAAUCAAUCGGAGGCGGUAACCUGGCCGCUCCGUCCCAGUAUCCGUAUUUUUUAAGAUGAAUUUAAUUAUUGACUAUUGUAACCAGAGUGUAAUCAAUCGGAGGCGGUAAUCUGGCCGCUCCUUCCCAGUAUCCAUAUUUUUUAAUUCUAACAUUACAUGUUAUAGAUUAUUGACCAUUGUAACCAGAGUGUAAUCAAUCGGAGGCGGUAAUCUGGCCGCUCCGUCACAGUAUCCGUAUUUUUAAUGAUUAAUUAAAUUCUUACAUAGCAUGUAAUUGAAUAUUGACCAUUGUAACCAGUGUGUAAAUUAAUUCUAACAUUACAUGUUAUAGAUUUAUUGACCAUUGUAACCAGAGUGUAAUCAAUCGGAGGCGGUAAUCUGGCAGCUGCGUCCCAGUAUCCAUAUUUUUUAAUUCUAACAUUACAUUUUAUAGAUUUAUUGACCAUUGUAACCAGAGUGUAAUCAAUCGGAGGCGGUAAUCUGGCCGCUCCGUCCCAGUAUCUAUAUCUUUUAAUUCUAACAUUACAUUUUAUAGAUUUAUUGACCAUUGUAACCAGAGUGUAAUCAAUCGGAGGCGGUAAUCUGGCCGCUCCGUCCCAGUAUCUGUAUUUUUUAAUUCUAACAUUACAUGUUAUAGAUCUAUUGACCAUUGUAACCAGAGUGUAAUCAAUCGGAGGCGGUAAUCUGGCCGCUCCGUCACAGUAUCCAUAUUUUUUUAAUUAUAACAUUACAUGUUAUAGAUUAUUGACCAUUGUAACCGGAGUGUAAUCAAUCGGAGGCGGUAAUCUGGCCGCUCCGUCCCAGUAUCCAUAUUUUUUAAUUCUAACAUUACAUGUUAUAGAUUAUUGACCAUUGUAACCGGAGUGUUAUCAGUCGGAGGCGGUAAUCUGGCCGCUCUGUCAUCAGUAUUUUUUAUUAUGAAUUUAAUUCUUGACCAUUGUAACCAGAUUGUAAUCAAUCGGAGGCGGUAAUUUGGCCGCUCCGUCCCAGCUAGUAUCCGUAUUUUUAAUGAUUAAUUAAAUUCUUACAUAGCAUGUAAUUGAAUAUUGACCAUUGUAACCAGUGUGUAAAUUAAUUCUUACAUUACAUGUUAUUGAUUAUUGACCAUUGUAAUCAGAGUGUAAUCAAUCGGAGGCGGUAAUUUGGCCGCUCUGAUCCCAAUAUAUGUAUUGAUUCAUUUAUUACAUAACAUUUAUAAAUAUAUUACAUUUAGACUUUUUUCGACUUCAUCAAAUGGAAUUGGAGUGUUAUUUCAUUGGGGAUGGUAUUCUGGCCACAACAAUCCAAUUACCUGUAUUAACUCACUUGUUACGCAACAAUUAAUUAUUACAUUACAUGUCACUACAUGCCUUUUUGAGUAAUCAUUGUAACUGGGGUGUUUUCUAUCGAGGGCGGUAAUCUGGCCGCUUCAAUUCCAAAUACUUUGUAUUUAUAUGUAUUACAUAACAUGUAAUGAUUACAUCAUAUCUUAUUAUGUCUUCAUCAUUGUUGCUGGAGUGUCAUCCAUCGGAGGCGGUAAUCUGGCCGCUCCAUUGCUGUUCAUUUAUCAUUUAAAUUUUAACAUGCAAUUAAAUAUAUAAAUACUAAUGUGACUAAACCAAGAAAGUUUUAAA